AUGAUUGGUUGCGACGCCGACUGCGAUGAUUGGUACCAUGGAAAAUGCGUCAAUAUCGAUCCCCGAGAUGCAGACCUGAUCGAUCGGUAUAUAUGUCCGAACUGCGCAAGUUUAGGCAAAGGAUGUACAACAUGGAAACCGAUGUGUCGCCUGUUGGAGUGCCGGAAACCAGCGCGCGUGAAAACGAAACCUCCGAGUAAAUAUUGCUGCGACGAUCACGGCCGGGAAUUCAUGCGCCGACAAACCCAAGAACUUAAAAAACGUGCGGGUCAGAAGAAUGGUCUGUUUGAAGAUCUGGGUAGUAUGGGAGGAAUCCUCACAGCUGCGGACCUGAAAGCCGCCAUCAUAGAAGCAGUCGAUAAUGCUGAUUCUGAUGUCAAGGCCGAAUCCAAGCCGCAGAGCGGUGGAUGGUUGGGAGUCGACGUCCAUGAAAACGGCAUGGAAUAUUCGCCCGACGAGAUUGCGAAGAUCGAAAAGCUGCGCGCACAACGGGAGGACCUUCUCCACCGCAAGGAGAUGCUUGCCGCACGCACGAAAUUUGUCUCGCUACUCAAGCCACGGGCUAAAGGCCUAGUGGAGAAACUGAAGCAGCAUGAACCCAAGGGCGGAUGGAAAGAUAUCUGUGGCUUUGACUCACGGCUCUCGUGGUCUGACGAGGAAUUCGAUGAAUGGCGACUCUCUGAGGCUGGGAUGAAAGCUCUCGCUGAGGGCACAGCAGAGGCGUUGGCUCUGAGCUCUGCAUCGAAUAACGAUGCAGACGGGGACUCAAUGAUGACUGGUGACAGCGAUGAUGAUAUCACGUUUUGGACGCGCGGUGUCUGCACCAAAAAGCGCUGCGAGAGACAUAAGCAAUGGGUCAAGGUGCAACAGCAGGAUAUCCUCUUCGAGGAGGAGACGACAGAGCAGGACCUCGCUAAGUGUGAGGAGGAAGCUCGGGCUGUGGUGGAACGGAGUGUGAUGAGGCGAUGGGCUGAGAAGGAUAAUCAGACGUGA